UAUAGUAGGAUAUCCUAUAUAACAUGUAAAUAUAAAUACGUCACUCACAUCAUCAGAAGAGGUUUUAGCUUUUGAAAGACUAAUUGUUGAAUAUUUUUUCAUGAAGGGGCAAUUAGCCAAUAACAAAAUCAUAUUCAAUGGUAAUACUAUAUAUAACUUUAAUUUUUUGAAAACCCUUAUAAAUAGGCAACCAAACUAUCCUCUAUUUUAUCACAUUACAAAACACAAGAAACAAACAAACACACAAAGCAUUUUGCUAAAGACCCUCUCGACCAAAAUGUCUGUUGAGAUGCUCCGAUCCUCCCCCCUGGUGAAAGCUUCAUACUAUUACCUGAAUUCGGGAAAAAAUUCGACACCACAACCAUUGACUCAACUGUCUUCACUCACCUUUUCUGGGCCUUUGCUCAAAUCGACCGUAGUAGCCACAAAGUCGAUAUCUCCACCAUUAACCUGCCCCAAUUCUACAAGUUCACAGAAAACGACGAAGCGACGACAAACAAGUUGCAAUACCUCUUGUCGAUAGGCGGUAAAAACGCAGAAAAAAUCUUGUUUGAUUCCAUGACAAGGACACUCGAAAACCGGAAAGCGUUCAUUGAUUCUUCUAUCAGUGUCGCUAGAGAGUACGGUUUCCACGGGCUCGAUCUUGCUUGGGAAUAUCCGAGCAAUAUAGUGGAGAUGGCCAACUUCAAGAAACUUAUUGAAGAAUGGCGUGUAGCGGUUGAGAAAGAGUCGGAGAAUACCGGUCUACUUCCUUUGCUGUUAACCGCUGCGGUUCACUACUCCCCCGAUUACAACUCCGUGCAAUACCCGGUUCAGGCCAUUGCCGAUAAUUUGGAUUUUGUUAACAUAAUGUCUUAUGACUUUUAUGGACCGGCUUGGUCCGAUGUUACCGGACCACCUGCUGCUCUGUAUGAUCCUUCAAACCCGGCAGGUAUUAGCGGUGACUCCGGGUUGCGUAAGUGGCUUGACGCUAACCUUCCGGCUAAAAAGGCAGUCUUAGGGUUCUCAUACUGUGGUUGGGCCUGGAAACUCGAAGACCCCAAGGCUGAUGGCUAUGAUGCAGCCACUGAUGGAGCGGCGAUAACACCCGACGGUUCUGUGACCUACGAUGAGAUAAAGGACUAUAUUGUGUCUAGCGGAGCAGCGACAUAUCAUGAUCCGGCGGUGGUCGGAUUCUAUUGCCACGCCGGAACCACGUGGAUUGGAUAUGAUGAUAAUCAGAGUAUUGUGUCCAAAGUGAAGUAUUCUAAGCUAAAUGGUCUGCUCGGUUACUUCUCGUGGCAUCUUGCAGCUGACUAUAACGGCGGUCUCUCUCGUGCAGGUUCGUCUUUUAUUCUAGUUUUUUCAAAAAAUAUUCUCUUAUUUGUUUCAUAUAUAUGGUUGAAUUUGAAUAUGUUAACUGUGGAAAUUAAUUAAUAGUAUACUGUAAAGAUUGGUCUGAUAUUUAAGAAAGCACAUAUUUCAUAUUUCAUCCAUCUCUUUUCAGGGUCUACUCUCUCAUUAAUAUUUGUAUCUAUAUCUUGUAUGAAAAACAAUAAGUUUUUUUUUUUUACGUUGGGUUUUAUACAGCAUCGCUUGCAUGGGACACUACAGACGCAACCACCGGAAAAUAAAUAAUCUAAGACGAGUUUCCAACCAGGACAAUUAAAGCAUAAGAGAAGUUCGCUUUAUCUUAUUGUGAGAAAUAUAAAGACGUUUGCUUAUUUUGUUUCUUAUGACAAAAAUAAACGUGUAUGUUUUAUCUUUUUCCCUUGUUUUGCCAAGGACAUUUGCGUGUUUCAUGUAAAAAUAAAUAAAACUGUGUGCUUAUAUAUUCUUGUAUAAAAACGUUUGCUUAUAAAUACAGCCAGAGUUUGAGUUAUGAUUUUCACAACUGCAGCUAAUGUGGUAUAAAUCGAGUUCAACUUCAGAAAGUGGCGCGAGUUACACUUUUUAAAAAAAUUACUUCUACAGAAAAAGGGUUUUAGGUUUGAGAAUUUUUUUUUUAAUAGAAUGUAAAUUUAUUCAUAAUAAAAAAAAAGUAUUUUGUGUUUGCAACUUGCUGCACUCUUUGCUUCUAGCUACAAAGACGAAAAACAUAGAUCGAUCGUUCGUGUAGAGUGGUCAAGACAGAGGCAGAGAUUUAUGUGUUGCAGAGAACCAAACUUGCAACCCUUUUUGGUAUCUUCCAUUCUGCAAAUGGUGAAUAGAUUAAAGACGAUUCCCUGUUUAUCAAGCUGUCGAAAGAGAUGUUCCGGCGGUGUAGGAUUAGUAUCAUGUCUUCUUGCAUUUCGUUCUUGCCAAAUCGCAUGAACCGAGAGUUGGCAGACAUACUUUGCGAUGAAAGCUGUGAGAUGAUCACAAUGAUUUCACUCCAGUCCGUAGUAAAGGGAUCACCAUGUAGUCCUCGCGAAAUUAUAAGAAAUCAAUUGAAGCAAACUUGUUGUUUUCUUGAAAAUAAAUAGACAUUACGUUUUUUUUUUCUUUUACAAAACAUUAGCAAGCAGGUGUUAUGUCUGGUAAAACAAUGUAGCCAAGCUUUCUAAUUUUGUUAAAAAUAUAUAGGCAAACGUGCUUUUAAAUUCUUCUUCAUUUGUCAUCGUGGUCUGGAACAUCGUGCCCAGGACGGACUCCUUCCUGCACCGGAGAGAAUUACUUCACGAUGUCUCUAGACACUCCCACACAGAUAUUGAUCAUUGUUUUCUGCCUAUUUAAACACCCAGUGCACAAACCUAUCCGUGGAUCACACGCCUCCAUGAGAUUAGUUUUGGGUCUGUUUGGAUCUGAGAUUUAUUCUUGAGUUAUUAAAAAAUCAUUGGGAACAGUGAUAUGUAUACAUAGUAAUAUUAGGUUCAAAACAUAUAAACAUAAUGGUUUUAGAAGUAAUGCUAAUUCUUUUGUCACUCGUACUCACAUCAAUAGAACAACUAACUUAUUUUCUUUCCACUUCAUAUUUACAGAAAUUUCGCUAUCAAAACAUUAAACCUAUGUUAAUUUUUAUCGCAGAUUUUUCAUUGAUUUAAGAAUGUUGACGAUAUUGUUAUUUCAUCAAAUUUGGUUAGAUGAACUGGUUUUUCAUUUCUAUAUGGCCUCAUGUUCCCGCAAGUCUAGGCGCGACCCUGAAUGUGCUGUUUUAUUUGUGGCAUGCAAAGACACGAAAAGUUUCGCAUCAAUUUAAAAAGUGAGAAAAGAAAAGACAAAAAUCGCAAUGGGAAAGUGAAUAAAAGCAGAACCAGAGUUAUGGGGCAGCAAUAAUAUUAUAGCACACACAUUCAUGCACCUUUCGAAAUGUCAGGUCUGAAAGAGAAGAAAGUUUUGUCCUUCGCUAGUUUCAUCGUUUUAGGUGCAUUUGAUUGGACUUCUGUCAAAAAAAAUUUUUGAGACUUUUUAACCUUUUCUUUUCAUUUCACUGAAUAUUUGCACAAUCUUUUAUUUUUUCUUUUCUGUUGAAUCAAAAACAGCCACUUCCCCAAUUACAUUGACUAUAUUUGAAAUUAGUACAGAAGAUAAAAUUGUUUUUUUGUAUAAUUCUUUUCUAGUUAUUAUCAUAAUUUUUUUAACAUAUAAUAUGUUAGAUCGCAACAAAUGCGAAUUUGUCUACUCGGUGAUAGCACCUAUCCCUGUUUCUUUUAAAAAGAUCAGCAAAAUCUACAAGUUAAUCUAUUCUAUUAAAACAUAUAUCAUAACUUAUUUUAUGUGUGGCUUUUUAUUUGGACUAUCCGUUAAAAAAUUACUUUAAUGAAUUUUCGUAUACAUAUUUGAAUAAUUUUAAUUAUUCUAAAAUAAUCAAAUAGAUAUUCUCAUAUUUUCUCUCACUACGUC